AUGCCUCUCUGGUUGAUAUACCACACUGACGACACUUUUGUCGACAAUGAAUCCAAGGCCGCCUUGUCUCGGGACAUAACCAAAUUCUACACCAACCUGAGCCUCCCUGCCUUUUAUGUCGUGGUCAACUUUAUCAAGCUCAACGGCAACGACAUGUGGGUGGGCGGAGAGCCGCGGUCGGGCAAGCCGUUUGUUCGCAUCACCAUUGACCACAUUGCCAUUCACGUCCCCGACGACGACGCCAUCUAUCAUCGCACCACGGCCCGAUUCGACGAGCUUCUCAAGCCCCACGUGGCCGACAAGGGAUACAGUUGGGAGUUCCACGUUGACGAGACGGAGCGCAGGCUGUGGAAGGUCAAUGGGUUCAUCCCGCCUGCUUACAAGAGUGCCGGAGAGCAGCUCUGGGUCAAGGAGAACAAAGCAGUGCCGUAUGAGUAA